AUGACCGAAGAAGUCUUUGCAGAAAAAUAUAAAAAUCCUGAUUUUUGUCCUGUAAACAGUGGAAGAUCAAUAUUUAAUAAGGACAUCCCCAAAAAGCCAACUAUCAUCUUAUCAACUGCUGUACAUUAUUCAAAGUCUUUCAGAAGUACAAUUAAAGAUCCACAGAAUGCAAGCAGACAAAAGCUUGAUAUUGCUAGUGGCAUACAACAGCUAAGGAAUGGAGUAGCCUCUGAACUUCUGGAUUACUCCACCAGGAAGAAAAAUAAAUCUUGUACUUUUGCUGAGGUGCACAGAUCAUCUUCAAUAUCAUCAGCCCAACUAGAAAGUGAUGGAAGCACCCCUGGGACAACCGAUUUGGAACGGAGUGGAAGAGCAUCUAAGACAACAGACAGCUACUUUAGAAGCACCACUGGCACUAGUGGGUACAGCUGUUGGGGGGAGACCAGCUCCAGUGACUGGUCUAUGGGGAGGAAAAAGAACUUGUACCUGUCUGAAACUCCUCUACCUGGAGUGACUAUGACUCCUCAAACAAAUUUUCUUCCAGGAUCAAACCUGUUAAAGACACCUUUGAACAUAAAAAGAAAAGCUACAAUCUCUUCUAGUAAAGGAAUGGCAUCAUCUUUCCUGGGAAGUUCGUCAUGCAAAUCUGUUGGUUCUACCUCUCUCCUUGGUUCUGGCCGUCAGAAAUCAUGUGACCCAAAGUCUACACCACAUACCAGGUCGGCUGCCAUCAAUCCUAACUCAGCAGUAAUUGUGGCACUUGUAGAGGGGCGUGGUAUGGCAAGGGGAGAGAUAGGAUUUGCCAGCAUUGAUCUGAGAUCCCCAACACUGAAUUUAUCUCAGUUUUCAGAUACUCAGACAUAUGUACAGACAAUAACCAAGCUGCACAGAUGUCAACCUCUAGAGAUAAUAAUGCCAAAUACUGCUUGUGACAAUGGAGCCAUGACCAAGCUGUUUAAGCUAGUGAGUCACCAAUUCCAGAACUCUAAUGUCUCAACAGUUCAGAGAAAAUACUUCAAUGAGACCAAGGGUCUACAAUGUGUGAAACAGCUGUGUGUAUCUGAUUUUAAUUCAGUUGUAAUGGAGUUAACAAGCAAGUACUACUGCUUGGCAGCAGCGGCAGCUCUUGUUAAGUAUGUGGAAUUUACGCAGAAUAUGAUACUAGCUCCAGCAUCUAUCAAUGUCACUUUCAGUGGAUGUGAAAAUACAACUAUGAUAGAUGCUACCACAGCUGUGAACCUUGAACUGUUACAGAACAUAAGGGAUCCUAAGAGUGAGCAUACAUUAUAUGGAGUGUUGAACUACACAAAGACAGUUGGUGGAGCCCGGUUACUGAGAGCCAACAUCUUACAGCCUCCUUGUGACAAGGGAACCAUAGCCAUGAGACAAGAGGUGGUCUCAGAACUCACAGAGAAGGAGGAUGUGUUUGAUAACAUUCAGACUGUGAUUGCCAGAUUCCUGGAUGUUGACCACAUCCUCUCAGUGUGUGUACAGAUCCCAAAAAAGGAGACACUGAAAACUGCAGAGGCUAACAUUAACAACCUUAUUCUCCUCAAACACAUUCUAGAACUGGUAGACCCACUAAGGAAUGCACUUUCCAACUGUGAAAACCGCUUGAUGAAACACUUUUACAAGUCACUGGAAGAUGGUAGAUAUGCACUGAUGAAAGCCAGAAUCGCUAGCAUAAUUCAUGAUGAUACCAAGUAUCAAAAAGGAAUGCUGCACAUGCGCACUCAAAAGUGUUUUGCAGUUAAGGGAAGUAUUAAUGGCUUACUUGAUAUUGGAAGAGGAACAUAUGGCGGUAUAAUAGAGGACAUCAACACAUUGGCUAACCAGUGGGCAGAAGAAUACAAUUUACCAAUAGUGACCUCAUAUAACUCCACUAGAGGCUUUUUUCUGCAGCUUAAUUGUGGUCCAAAACAUAACUACAGCAAGGAGAGUCUUCCUGAGAUAUUUAUCAAAGUUACAAAAGCCAAAAACACACUGUGUUUUACCACCACAGAACUGAUUCGAUUGAAUAACAGGGCAAAAGAGGCUUUGGAUGAAAUAUACCUGGUGACCAACAUAGUAGUGACAGAGCUUUUAGGAGAUCUGAGGAACCACUUUGGCUGUCUGUACAAACUGUCGGAGGCCGUGGCUAUGAUUGACAUGUUGCAGAGCUUUGCUCAUGCUUGUACUUUGUCCAGUUAUGUAAAGCCUGAUUUUACAAAAGAUACACUGGCCAUAAAGCAGGGAAGACAUCCGAUCCUGGAAAAAAUCAGCACUGAUAUGCCUAUCCCCAAUAAUACAUAUGCCACUGAAGACAGCAAUUUCAAUAUCAUCACUGGUGCAAACAUGAGUGGUAAGAGCACCUACCUGAGACAGAUAGUGUUGUUACAAAUCAUGGCCCAGAUAGGAUGUUUUGUUCCUGCAGAGUAUGCCUCAUUCAGAAUCACAGAUCAGAUCUUCUCCAGGAUUGGCAGUGAUGAUGAUAUAGAGUCCAACUCAUCUACUUUCAUGUUAGAGAUGAAAGAAGUAAACUACAUCAUUCAAAAUGUCAGUCACAGAUCUCUUAUCAUAAUGGAUGAACUGGGAAGAGGAACUAGCCAAGAGGAAGGUGUUGGGAUUUGUCAUGCUGUCUGUGAAUAUCUCCUCAGAUUUAAAGCUUUUGUCUUCUUUGCAACACAUUUCAAGGAUCUUGGUCAACUGGAAAGUUUGUAUCCUAAUGUACAAAACUACUGUUUCAUGAUUCACAAAACAUUUAAUGAGGAGGAUCAAACUGAGAAAGUGGUGUAUACUCACGUGCUGACAAAGGGACAAAAUAAAGAGGAGCAUUAUGGUAUAAGAUUAGCAGAACUAUCAACUCUUCCAAGGAAUGUGAUUCAGAAAGCUAAGACUUUGGCUUCUUCAAUUUCUUCAAAAAAGGGGAGGCAACAUGAAGUUGACAAAGAAAUGAAAGAGAAGAGAAUCAUUUUUAAACUUUCUGGACGGUUGGUUCAGUUGUCACGGAACUCCAAACUCAACAAGGAGGAUUUGAAAUCCUACUUAAGAAGUUUGAAAAUGCAGUAUUUGACAGACACAAAAUCCCUUGAAGAAUGAUUUUUAGAACAGUAGUGAUUUUUAAAUGAGCUUUUGCUCAAAAUGUUUAGUUUUUAGAUUUUAAAUGCAAAGCCUUCUUCCUUAAAGAUAAGUGAAGCCUAUCGAAUGCAAAUAAUAAAAUAUAAAACGCACACAUACGCUAAGAGGAAAGAGACAUUGUGUUUAGUGACUGCUAAUGUAUGCUCCAAUAUGUGAAGAGAAUGGUACGUUUCAGAGUGUACCAACUGAUAUUUAUUAGAUAGAAAAAAGGACUCAUU